AUGCCACAACAACAUCUUGCUCUUUCCGAUCAUCAGAUCAAGAAGCACAACCCACUUGAUGAAAGAGAAGGCACUGAUCAUUGUACGAGCCAUUGUUCAACGUCGAACAUAGCCACAGCAGACUGUAAUUUUGGACCUCCUCAGGAUAGGAUCGUUCAACAAGAUAUGCUACUCACCAACUUUUUUGAUUCCAAAAUGUUGGAUGUAAAUAACGAGAACACCGACGUGGUUACUAAACACCAGACCUCUGCAACCAAACAAACCUCUCCUCUAAUCGCUCAACCUAUAGAAGACUCACUUCAUGCAGUGGAUGAAGUCAUUAUGGAGGAAGAUCGAGUCAUAAAACCAAGUGACAGAAUUUUAGUUGAGAAUUCAAAAGAAGUUGAAGUUAUGGAAUGCUCCAAUUCAUUGACCACAAUUUCUCAAGUGGUGAAACAAAAAUUCAAUUCCAUACGAGAGCGAUUUUCAAUCAAUCCAAAAUUAUUGUUCCCAACACCAAUGGUUGGAGAUUUCAGUGAUGACGAAGAUGACAACAGCCAAUUUAUGAAGACAUCUUCCCAACACCCACCAAACGAGAAAAAUAACAACAUGAUGGAAAUAAGUGUCGCGAGUCAGAAAUCACUCGAGGAAGCUAAGGAAAAUCCCGAAAUUCAAAGAGAGAAACAAUUCGAAACUAUUUACCUUAAUAAUCGAGAAAAGAAUAGACAAACCCGAAAACAUAAAUGGCCAACAAAUUACGUAAGAACCACCAAGUACACCUUAAUCACCUUCCUUCCUCAGAAUUUAUUUGAACAAUUUAGGAAAGCCAUCAAUAUUUACAAUCUCAUUGCUGUCAUUGCUGUAUUAAUUCCUGAUAUUAGUCCAAUUUUUCCACCAGCAGCUGUGUUGCCUCUGACGUUUAUUGUACUUCUUCAGAUGGCGAAAGAUGCCUACGAGGAUUUUCAACGGCAUCGCCAAGACUUGAAAGCGAACAAUGAAACUUGUCGAGUCGUGAGAGAUGGUAUCCUACAAGAAAUUAAAGUGAAACAAGUGGAGAUUGGAGAUUUUGUUUGUGUGAGUAGAGAUGAGAGCUUUCCUGCAGAUUUAUUGUGUGUUUACUCGUCGAGAGGGGAUAAUUUAUGUUACAUUGAGACGGCACAUUUGGAUGGAGAGUCAAACUUAAAAAUCAGAAGACCAGUAACCAAGAUUUUGUUUGGUGGUUCAAAAACAGAAAUCAAUAAUGAUAGUGCUGCCUUUGCUGAAUUGAAUCACAACUCUGCUUCUUCAGAACAGCAAAAAUUUAUUAACUCUCGACUCUCUGAAAUCAAAGGCAAGUUGAAAAUCGAAAUUGCCAACAAGAAUCUUGAUGUUUUUGAAGGAACAGCUUCAGUACAACAUGAAUUUUCGAGUACAAGUACUGUUCCGUCAGAAAUAUCUAAAGAGAGUCAUUCGAACGAAACAUCAGCUAUUGUUAAGGAAACUCUGGCAAUGGAGAAUCUUCUUCUAAGAGGUUGUACUCUUAAAAACACCAACUUCAUCUAUGGUAUUGCCAUCUAUGUGGGAAAGGAUACUAAAAUUUUGAACAAUACUAAGGAAAAUAGAGUGAAACGAAAUGCAUUGGAAAUUACUAUUAACAAAAUUCUUGCCAUUUUGGUUGUUUUUCAACAAGUAAUUUGUGCCAUUGUUGCUGGUAUUCAUGGAUCAUUUCAAGAAUCCUAUAUACUCCGUGCAUUCUAUUUGAAGCCAUUGAUUGUGAAUUCAACGAGUGAUGGAAAAGCCUCAUUUGUUUCUGUCAUGUCCAAUUGGGCUACAAUAUUUAUUUUGUUAAACUUGAUUGUAAAUGAAGCAUUGGUUAUUGGAUUUGAACUAAUCAAGUCAUUUCAAUCUUGGUCCAUUGAAAAUGACAAGAAAAUAAGAUUUGGGACAUUCAAAGCUGAAGUCAGAACAGCAAGUAUGAAUCAAGCCCUAUCCAAGAUUGAUGUCAUUUUCUCCGACAAGACAGGAACACUAACACAAAAUGAAAUGAAAUACUCAGAUUCAUAUGUAGAUGGAGUGUACUAUUCAGAGCGCAGUAAUCCUGGAAUGAUGAGGAGCUACUUGAUGAAAUCUCAAUCAUUGUCAAACGCUACUUCGGCUCAUAACUCCAUGUUUGAGAAUGAAGAUUCACUUCAGCACCAUAACACACAAGAUUCACAUUCUUUUUUCUUACGAGAAUUUUUACUGUGCCUCUCAUUGAAUAAUAGCGUCAUGGUAGAAUUAGAUCAGUCGUCUCAGCAGAUCAUUACUGACAAAACAUCUACAAGCCCAAAAUAUGUAUAUCAUGGAUCUUCAUCUGAUGAAAUUGCUCUCUUAGAAGCUGCUACUAGUAAUGGAUUUAUUCUCACACAAAGAACUGGCAAUGGUCUUGUUAUUGAGGAAAUGGGAGUUUCUAAAUUUUAUGAAAUUAUAGCAACGUUUGCCUUCACCUCUGAGAGAAAGAGAAUGAGCGUAUUGGUAAAGCACCCAGAUGGAAAAUAUGUGUGCUAUGUGAAAGGAGCUGAUAGUGUCAUGAUGAAACGAUCGAAAAUGAGUGAUCAAUCGGACACAUCCAACAAUCAUCACGGCUUGCAAAUUGCUUUACAAAAAUUUUCCGUUCAUGGCUUAAGAACACUGGUAUGCGCAAGGAGAGAACUAUCUCAAAAUGAAGUAGAGCAAUGGUUGGAAGGAUACACUAAAGCAUCUCUCUCCACCAAGCAUAGAGAUCGACUCCUCAUGCAUUGUGCGACAGAAAUUGAGAAGGAUUUACAGAUUCUGGGAUGUACAGCCAUUGAGGAUAAACUUCAAGAACACGUAGCAGAGUCAAUUGAUUAUUUAAAGAAAGCAGGAUUGAAUAUUUGGGUUCUCACAGGUGAUAAAACGGAAACCGCCAUUAAUAUUGCCUACUCGACUCAUGUUCUUCACAGGAACAAAAGCAUUGAAAUCAGAAUUAGAGAUGCCACAAGCUAUUCCCAUGUUAAAGCCAAGUUAAAGGAGGCUUUAGGUUUCCUUGAAAAGAACAAGAACAAGAAUUUUGAGUAUGCCCUAAUAAUUGAUUCAAAGUCACUUGACUUGGUCUUACAAAAGUAUGAAAAACCAUUCCUUAGAUUAGUUGGUAUAGUCCGUAGUGCAGUGUGCUGUAGAUUGAAGCCCUUACAAAAAUCAACAAUUGUGAAACUUAUUGAGAAGCAUCUGUCAAUGACGGCUCUUGCUAUUGGUGACGGUGUAAAUGAUGUGGCCAUGAUUCAGGCAGCUUCUAUUGGUGUUGGUAUUAAGGGAAAAGAAGGUUCUCAAGCUUCUCGUGCUGCUGAUUACGCUUUACCUAGAUUUAAAAACUUGGUUCGAUUAUUGGCCGUUCACGGCAGGAAUUGUUGUGUUCGGAAUGCUGACUUUUUACAUUUUAGCUUGUACAAGAAUUUUAUGAUUAUUAUGCCUCAAUUUUACUUCAUUUUCUAUUCUGCGUAUUCUGGAACAUUAAUAUUUGAUUCAUGGGAACAGUUUAUAUAUAUGGCUCUAUUUUGUUUUUUUCAACCAAUUACCUCUGGUUCCUGUGAAUAUGACUUACCGGAAGAAGUAAUAUUGCAACAUCCAGAAAUUUAUGACACUUUGAAAAAGAAACACAAUAAUUUAUUUAGUAUGUCCAGCAUUUUUAGAUGGGGCUUUGAGUCCAUCUAUCACUGCACGAUCAUCUAUUAUGGAAUUUUAUGGAGCUAUGCUGCGGAUGGAGAUGUUAUGGAAAAUAAUGACAUGGUGCACUCUUCAGAUUUUUAUCAUUUAGGAAAAUUAAUUAUGACCUGCUUAAUGAGUGUGAUAACUCUGAGAUACAUGAUUGAAGUCAAAACAUGGAACUUGCAAAUAUUCUUCUCCAUUUUUGGAAGCUAUCUAUUUUAUUUUCUAUUUAGUGCGUGUUAUAGUCCUGUUGCAGAUAUUUUUGGAGAAACUGGUUCUUAUUUUAUUUUUUAUGAAACCUUUGUUAGUGUAAAAGCUACACUUGUGUCCGUACUGGUGAUUGUAGUUGCCAUUCUACCAAAUUUAUUGUAUAAGGCUCUAAGAUUGAAUUUUUUCCCGCACGAUUACCAACAAUUGCUUGUAGAAUAUAAUUCUAAAAACAAGAAUCAUCAUGAAUAG